CUCUAUUGUAUAUCAGUAAGUAUAGGCUAACCCAGUCGCAAACCCUAAAUCUCAAAUUCACAACCCUUUCAGACCAAGAUUGAAGAAAAUGGGUGACAAGAAAAAGAAAGCUACGAUAUUCAUUCGACUUGUAUCAGCUGCUGGGACUGGUUUUUUCUACGUGAAGAAGAAGCCAUCGAGAAUGGUGGAGAAGCUUGAGUUUAGGAAAUUUGACCCUCGAGUGAAUCGUCAUGUUCUAUUCACUGAGGCCAAAAUGAAAUGAAAGGAAAAUGGAUAAAAAAUUUGGGUCCAUAGGUUUGUUAAAGCUUUUUUUCAUUUUGCUCAGUACCCAGAUUUUUUUGAUGUCUUUUUUAGACAAUCUUGUUCUAUGAUAUCAAAUAGAAUUGGGUUCUUAUUAUUGAUUGACACUGAUAGUGGGUUUAUUCUCUCGAAGCUAUAUUGAAUGAGAAUUUGAUCCAUAUCUGAUAUUUAUUUAGAAAAAUAGAGAUUAAAUUCAUAUCUUUCA